CUGGGAGUGCCCCCAUCCAUGUCUGAGCCCGUCUGUCCAUCCCCAGCACCCAGAGAUGAGCCGGCUGGGCCUGCUGGCCGCUGCCUUCUCGGACGGCAGGGUGCUGGUGUACGCCCUGCCGCACCCCACGGCCCUGCGCCACGCCAAGACAACCCAGGUAAAAGAUGGGUCCCUCCACAAGCACCUUAUCUGCAAGGUGCAGUGCAUCGCCACGCUUCAGGUGGGCUCCGUCCAGGCAGGUCAUGCACCUGAGUGUGGGCAGUGCUUCAGUCUCUCCUGGAUGCCUUCCAAGCCCCACCAUCACCUGGCAGCAGGGUUUUAUGACGGCACCGUGGCAGUGUGGAACCUGCUCACCAAAUCCCUGCUGCAGUGCGUGCACCAGCCCGACGCCUCCCUCAAGCUCUACCCUUUCCAGUGCUUUCUGGCCCAUGACCAGGCAGUCCGGAGCAUUGAGUGGUGCAAGGCUGACAGCAACUUCCUGGUGACGGUGGGCAGCGACCGCAAGAUCAAGUUCUGGGACCUGCGGCGGCUCUACGAGCCCAUCAACAGCAUCAAGCGCUUCCUGAGCACCGAGGUGGCCUGGCUGCUGCCCUACAACGGCAUCACCGUGGCCCAGGACAACUGCUACGCCCCGUAUGGGCUCUGUGGGAUCCACUACAUCGACGCCGGGUACCUGGGCUUCAAGGCCUAUUUUGUGGCCCCUCGCAAGGGCACCGUGUGGAGCAUCUCUGGCUCGGACUGGUUGAACACGGUGGCUGCGGGUGACAUCACCGGCGAGCUGGUGGCAGCCGUGCUGCCUGACCUGGCUGUCAACCCCCUCAACAUCAAGCGCUCCUCGGACCGCAGAUUUCCCGUGUACAAAGCUGACCUGCUGCCGUGCAGCCCUGACGGGCCCAAGGGCAGCGAGCAGGCCCUGCCCAGGACCCAUCACUACAGCGAGAUGGCAGCCAGCAGCUACCUCCGCUUCCAGGACACCGACCUGCGCAGCUUCCAGAACCUCCCGAGCCGGGAGCCCAUGCGGCGCAUGCACGUGCAGGAGCUGAAGGCAGAGCUGAGCCUCGACCGCCUGCAGCUGGAGGCCCUCCACAAGGUGCGCUUCAGCCCCAACCUGGACUCGCAGGGCUGGCUGGUGUCGGGCGGGCAGGCGGGCAUUGUGCGGGCACACUGCCUGGCAGGGCUGGCCUCCGUGGGCCGCCAGCUGCUCCCAGAGUGCCAGGCCCGCUUCAGCGUCCUCUAUGGGGACACGCCCAGCAGCCCUGGCCCCCCUGAGCCCUCCCUGCUGCCAGGGGAGUAGGGCGUCAGUGCCUCACCAUGCUGCUGCCAUGUGCUCACCCUGGGCAGGGCUUGGGGCUGGGCCAGCCAUGCUGGCAUGGGGCUGUGGGCCCUCUCGGUGCUGCUUUCCUGAUGGGUGGCUGCUGCAGGGGGGACAGCUGCUCCAGCUGCUCCCAGCCGUUCCCUGGGAUGCUCUGGACACUUGUCCUCGUGCUCUGGGCCUGGAAGGGUCUGUCUGCACCGUUUGGUCUGAGCUGGGCAGGGGUGGUGGGACCUGGCGUGGCCAGGGCUGAGCUGUGGCUGUGACCCUGUGGAAGGAAGCCCCGUGGGCUCCACCAGCGUGGAGCUGUGCUUGUGCUCGCCUCCAUCCCCAGUGAGUGCCCGAGGGCAGGGAGGGGGCCGGGAGCCGUGGAGUCGCUCACAUUGAGCUCGUGUUCAGCUGUGCAGAAUAAA